UAGAGAGAAGCAAAACACGAUAUCUAUAUAUAGAGAGAGAAGCAAAAUCCUGCGAAGAAUUCUUCAUUCAGCUGAGGAUGUCAGAGGCGUACGAGAGGGUGAGGGGCGGAAGGCUGGCGUUCAAGGGCGGCGAGCUCGCCACCCGCGACAAAGCAAUAGACAAGAAGAAAAAGAAGAAGAAGAACAAGAGCAAGCUCCAAGACGACGCCGCUGCUCCGUCCGAGGAUCCGAGCAUCAGCGUUGUGGAUCAGGGCACGGACGCCGCCGAUGUCUACACGAUUGACCCGAUGAAGAAGAUGAAGUACGACGAGCUGUUCCCCGUCGAGACGAAGAAAUUCGGGUACGACGCCGCCAAGGCCAAGGUGAAAUCGGUCGAGGAAGCCCUAGAUGAUCGGGUGAAGAAGAAGGCCGAUCGACCAAAGGAAUGCCUAAAGAUGUUUUAACAUCUUCUUUGGGUGAUGUUUGCACUGGUGUUUUCGAUGUUACAUUUGAUGAUUUACCAAAGAUUCAUCUUUUUCUCAUGGGUUUUUGUGAUCGAAGUGUAUCACAUAUCUGGAAGGCCUUGUACAUCUCGAGGUUGAGGUUCCUUUCUGCAGCAGUUACUUGAUUUUUGAGCUUAAUCUAUUGAUGUGUUAUGUCUCAGAUUAAAUUUUUCUGUAGUAUAGCGAGUGAUAAAUUCCAUAGAUUACUGAGUGCCUAACCUGAAACUUUUUCAUUCAAGAUUUACCUCAGCUGUUAUUUAUCGAUGUUCGUUUUUGCAUA